AUGAGUUCUUAUGACAAUAAUUUGUGCUUCAGUGUGGAAGAGAAGUUUCCUAGCUGCUGCAGUGUGUCUGGGGCUGCUGUGUGUUCUCCUAUUGGCUGGGAUCAUAGGCCUGUUACUCUACCAGAGAAACUUAUUGAACAGUUACAACAACCUGACUGCAGAGAGAGACCAGCUACAGACCAGCUACAACAACCUGACUGCAGAGAGAGACCAGCUACAGACCAGCUACAACAACCUGACUGCAGAGAGAGACCAGCUACAGACCAGCUACAACAACCUGACCAAGAGAGAGACCAGCUACAGACCUGUAAUAAAUAUGGCACAUGUCCCCAAGACUGGAUAAGGUCUUGCUGCAGUUGUUACUACAUCUCCCCUGAUGAGAAAACGUGGGAAGACAGCAGAAAGGACUGUCAGACGAGAGGAGCAAACCUGGUGAUCAUCAACAGCAGAGAGGAACAGGCUCUCAUCAAAGCCUUCAACAAAAGAGCCUGGUUUGGUCUGACGGACAUAGAAGUUGAGGGAACCUGGAGAUGGGUGGACGGGACACCACUGACCACAAGUUACUGGACCAAAGGGGAGCCAAAUGAUUUGCAAGAAGACUGCGCUUUGGUUGAUAACACUCAAAAAGGACCCAGUAGUGGCUUGGAAUGAUGUGCCAUGUAACCACAAAAAUGUUUGGAUCUGUGAAAGGCAGCUGUGUUAAGUCUAUCAAUAACAGGUUGA